GAAUCCGGAGCCCCUAAGGCGGCGUUGGAGUUGGAGCUGUCGCCGCCCCAUCAGACCGUCGCCUCCCGUCGCAUCCCACGGCUUCUCCCCGGUGGCGCCGCGGGGUCGGAGGCGAGGCCGCCGAGCACAGGUGUCCUAAGAAGCAAUGGAGGAAUCAGUGAACCAAAUGCAACCACUGAAUGAGAAGCAGGUAGCCAAUUCUGAAGGCGGACAUGUGUGGCAAAUCUCUGAUAUGAAUCGACUACGCCGGUUCUUAUGUUUUGGUUCUGAAGGUGGGACUUACUAUGUCAAAGAGCAGAAGCUGGGCCUUGAAAAUGCUGAAGCUUUAAUUAGACUGAUUGAAGAUGGCAGAGGAUGUGAAGUGAUACAGGAGAUAAAGUCCUUUAGUCAAGAAGGCAGAACUGCAAAACAAGAGCCUAUGCUCUUUGCACUUGCCAUUUGUUCCCAGUGUUCUGAUAUAAGCACAAAACAAGUAGCAUUUAAAGCUAUUUCUGAAGUUUGUCGCAUCCCUACACAUCUCUUUACUUUUAUCCAGUUUAAGAAAGACCUCAAAGAAAGUAUGAAAUGUGGCAUGUGGGGUCGUGCCCUCCGGAAGGCUAUAGCAGACUGGUACAAUGAAAAAGAUGGUCUGGAUCUUGCACUGGCAGUGACAAAAUAUAAACAAAGAAAUGGCUGGUCUCACAAAGAUCUGUUGAGAUUGUCACAUCUUAAACCUUCCAAUGAAGGGCUUUCUAUCGUGACCAAAUAUGUUACAAAAGGCUGGAAAGAGGUACAUGAAUUGUAUAAAGAGAAAGCACUUUCUGUGGAGACUGAAAAAUUAUUAAAGUAUCUGGAGGCUGUGGAGAAAGUAAAGCGCACAAAAGAUGAGCUGGAAGUCAUUCACCUGAUAGAAGAACAUAGGUUAGUCAGGGAACAUCUCCUAACCAAUCACCUAAAGUCUAAAGAGGUGUGGAAAGCUUUGUUACAAAAAAUGCCCCUUACUGCAUUACUAAGGAAUCUAGGAAAGAUGACUGCCAACUCAGUGCUUGAACCAGGAAAUUCAGAAGUAUCUUUAAUAUGUGAAAAACUGUGUAAUGAAAAGUUGUUGAAAAAGGCUCAUAUACAUCCGUUUCAUAUUUUAACUGCAUUAGAAACGUAUAGAACAGGUCAUGGGCUGAGAGGGAAACUGAAGUGGCGCCCUGAUGAAGAAAUUUUGAAAGCACUGGAUGCUGCUUUUUACAAAACAUUUAAGACCAUUGAGCCAACUGGAAAGCGUUUCUUGCUUGCUGUUGAUGUGAGUGCUUCUAUGAACCAGAGAGUUCUGGGCAGUGUACUCAAUGCCAGUACAGUGGCUGCAGCAAUGUCUAUGGUUGUCACCCGAACAGAAAAAGAGUCCUGUAUAGUUGCUUUUUCUGAUGAAAUGGUACCAUGUCCAUUCACUGUGGAUAUGACCUUACAGCAGGUUUUAAUGACUAUGAAUCAGAUCCCAGCAGGUAGAACUGAUUGCUCCCUACCAAUGAUCUGGGCCCAAAAGACAAGCAUGACUGCUGAUAUCUUCAUCGUAUUCACUGAUAAUGAGACCUUUGCCGGAAGUGUGCAUCCUGCCGUUGCUCUGAGGGAGUAUCGAAAGAAAAUGGAUAUUCCAGCUAAAUUGAUUGUUUGUGGAAUGACAUCAAAUGGCUUUACCAUUGCAGACCCAGACGACAGGGGCAUGUUAGAUAUGUGUGGCUUUGAUACUGGAGCUCUAGAUGUAAUUCGAAAUUUCACAUUAGAUGUGAUUUAACUAAAAAUACCAACAUAGUCUAAGAGGUUCAUUGUCAUCAGUGAUCUUAGUAAAAAUGUACAGCUAUUUCCCAACUAACCUUAAUCCAACAAAAGAUAAUAAAAAUGAUACAGUAUGUACAUAAUGGAAAUUUACCUUACCAGGAAAAAAAAAAAUAAGGUGAGCCCAAAGUUCUGUCUACUGAACUAGCUCUUGGGAAGUAGCUUCAGAAAAUACUGUAGCUCCCUCUAUAAAAUAGAGAACUCCUUGUUAGUAGACACACUGUAUGUUUUGUUAAAUAAUAUUUGUACUUAAAAGAAGUGAGAGCCAAAAGUGUAAGUAGUUCCAUAUCAUGUCACUUGUCUGAGAAAUGCUUAAAGUUUUCUUAAAUAUUUUUAUUGGGGAAAGACAGUCUUGAUAAUGUCCAAAAACUCUGAAAUGCACUGGACCAUGUAACUGUGAUGGAAUAUAAAACCCACUGUAAACUUUUAUACCGGGGCAAGGGAACCAAAAUCCUGAUUGAUUAUGAAUAAGUUUUACAAAUUCCUUUAAAGUUUUCUAAGAUCACAUAAAGAGCAGCUUACCAUUUGAUGGAAAACUUAUUUUGAUAUUUUAUUUACACUUGUAGAAAUGUUACAAUUAAUUAGAAAGACAAUGGAAAAAAGCUUGUGGCAGCUGAAGAAAUCUAUUUGUUUUCUUAAUUAUAUUGAGUUAUUGCUGUGAGUGAUGAGCAUGAUUUAAUAAUUUCCUUUGAAGUAUAACAGUUUAGCCAGCUAUUACUUUAUUUCAUACUCUUAAAAUAAUUUAAGCACUUAACUCUCCCAUUCAUAAUCAGAAAAUAGGACCAUUAAAAUCUCAACACUAACAAAGAUUAGAUUUUUUUUGUUGUUGUUACUAUAAACAAUUGUUUUGGCUAGUUUUAACUUUCUUUUUCUUCUUGAUGGUAUUAGCCAAGUAAAAAUAUUUUCUUUUUUCUAAUUGUAAACAUGUCAAUGGCAUCCUAUCAUUUUUUAUUAUUCAUUUUAUGAUAAAACAUUCUCUAGUAAUGUAAAAAAUAAAAUAAGCAGUAUCUUUCAGUUUGAAAGGCAGUUUUUUGGAAUAUUAUAUGACCACUAUCUGUAAGUUUUUUUUUCCCUUUUUUAUUUGUGUUUAUAUAUUAAGCUCCAUUUUCACUACAGUAAAAUUGUGUUAUUUUCUUGAGCUAAUACUCCUUCUUUGGGGAGAGUUUCAACGUGUUAAAAUGCCAGUAUCUUUGGUCACAAUAAUGUCAUGGUUAUCUAAGAUAACACAUAAAUUUUUCUUUAAAUAUUAAAGAUUUACUAGGUAUAUACAAAAUCGUUGCUACAUGAAAAAUCAGGAGUGACUAUAGAUAGGCUUUUAUCUACUGCAGGAUUAGAGGUUUUUUUGCUUUCAGGAUAAAGUGGGCUUUAGUAUUGUUAAAAUGUAUGUAGAUACAUUCUUCUGUUUAUGGGAAAUUUGGGUUCUAGGAGUCAUGAAAGGAGUGUCACUCUCAAGCUUAUUGGAUACUAAAACUGGUUCUGAUAUGUAGCCAUUCCCUUGAGGCAACUGGUUGCAGUUUAUAAGUGUUACAGUGUACCUGAGCUUUUACUAGUAAGCAAGGUUAGUAGUAGCACAUUCCCUCCACAAGUACUUCUGAAUUCUAUGGUCUCUAAUGCUCCAUCAAACAUUGGAUUCAGCAUGUUAGCUACUUUUGAUACAUUCAAAGUUACAACACUGUAAUAGUUCUUGGAUUCCUUAAACCCUAGAUCAUCUUAAAUUUAAAAAUAUAAGAUGAUCUGGGUGGGGGAGAUAGCAUAAUGGUUCUACAAACAGACUCUCAUGCCUGAGGCUCCAAAGUCCCAUAAGCCAGAGCUGACCAGUGCUCUGGUGUUUCUCUGUGUCUCUCUCUGUCUGCAUCUCUCUCAAAAAUAAAAUAAAUAAAAAUUCUUUUUAAAACAUAUAUAUAUAUACAUAUAUAUAAUAUGAUCUGACUUUGUAUCCCUAAUAAAAAUGUUAAAUGGAAUA